ACAGGGCAGGUUCUGAUAAUCCAGCUGCUGGACAAUAUUUUACGACUAAAAAAGGGAAUGUUUGUCAUGUUUGUCAGUAACCCUGUCAGUGGAUUUCUCCUGUUGAUUGGCCUGUUCCUGCAAAACUCCUGGUGGGCUCUAAACUCUCUUCUGGGAACAUUCGUCUCCACUGUGUCGGCGAUACUCCUCAGACAAAACAGGUCAGAUGGCUCCAUUUUAUUCACGCUAUUCUACAGAAAGAUUGUGCUUCUCCUCCAAUUAGCUUCAGACUCAGUGAGAUUUUUUCUUCUGGUCCCAAAUGUGUUCAUGUCCAUGUUGUGCCCUGUAGUCUCCAGUGCUUUGUCCUCCAUUAUGACCAAAUGGGAUCUCCCAAUUUUCACUUUGCCUUUCAAUAUCCUGACUUGCUUACACACCGCAGCAACAGGAACCACUCACCCAUGUUUUCCAGAGGUGAAAAUACAGCCCAAACUACAACUGCCCCAUAGCGACUUCCUUGCAAACCUCAGUAUACCCAAGCUAUUCUUGUCUGUGCCAGUUGGCAUUGGCCAGGUGUUUGGCUGUGACAGUCCCUGGACGUCGUGUCUCGUCCUUCUGGCCCUGCUGCUUUGCUCGCCAGCUAUCUGCUUACAUGCCUUGUUGGGCUCUGCUGCUGGUCUGUGCACGGGACUUGCAUUAGCUGCACCUCACGAAGACGUCUACUCAGGACUUUGGGGAUAUAACAGUGCGCUGUCCUGCAUUGCUAUUGGAGGGGUCUUUUAUGGUUUAACAUGGCAGACACACAUACUGUCUCUAAUAUGUGCAUGUAUCUGUGCAUACGUGGCCUCAGCGAUGUCAAAACUAAUGUCUGUGCUCGCAUUACCGGCCUGCACAUGGCCUUUUUGCCUGUCAACUCUCAUCUUCCUCCUACUUUCCUCGGAGAACUCGGCCAUCUGCAGGCUGCCCCUGUCCGCUGUCUCCUACCCUGAGGAAAACCUCUGCUUUCUAUUCAAGGAAAGAGGACUCAGUGUACCCAGUCGUGACAGUCUGCUCCGGUCUCUCUUCUAG